GCCACUUCCUGGUUGAUAGUUUUGCGGGAAGUUUGGUCCAAACAUAGCAUCAUAGUUUAACCAAACUCAAACAACGGGAAACAGCGAAGUAGAGAUGCCUCCUAAGGCUAAAGCGGCGGGGAAGGGCAGAGCUCCAGCAAAGAGGAAGCUGGCAGAGGAGUUUCCACCCGGAGAGGUUCUCACUGACGUCGGGAAGAAGAGCUGGAAACUGGGGGCACCUAUUGGGCAGGGAGGCUUUGGCCUGAUAUAUUUAGCUGAUGAGAAUUCGGCAAAACCUGUUGGAGCUGAUGCUCGUUAUGUCAUCAAAGUGGAGCCCAGUGAGAACGGACCACUGUUCUCUGAGCUCAAGUUUUACAUGAGAGCUGCAAAGCCUGAUCUGAUUCAGAGCUGGAUGAGGUCUCACAAGCUGAAAAAUCUGGGAGUUCCCAGAUACUGGGGCUCAGGGCUGCACGACAAAGGAGGAAAGAAGUAUAGGUUCAUGGUUAUCGACAGACUUGGUUCAGAUUUGCAGAAGAAGUUUGAAGAAUGCGGAAGACGAUUCUCCAGAAAACUGGUUCUGCAGCUCGGCCUUCGUCUGCUGGAUAUUCUGGAGUAUAUUCACGAGCAUGAGUACGUGCACGCUGACAUUAAAGCAUCCAACCUCAUGUUGAGCCACAGUGAUCCCAACCAGGUUUACCUGGUAGAUUAUGGGCUGGCGUACAGAUACUCCCCUGACGGUGUCCUGAAGGAGUACAAGGAAGACCCCAAGAGGUGUCAUGAUGGUACCAUUGAGUUCACAAGUAUUGAUGCACACAAAGGAGUAGUUCCAUGCAGGCGGGGAGACCUGGAGAUCCUGUCUUACUGCAUGGUUCAGUGGCUGUGUGGCCGACUGCCCUGGGAGGACAAGCUGCAGGACCCCGUCUAUGUCCGAGACUCUAAAAUUAGGAGUCAAGAGAACAUCUCCGAGUUUAUGACAAAAUGUUUCUCCUCUCAAGAGAAGCCAGAUGAGAUCCAAAAGUUCAUGCAGGAGGUUAAAGCAUUGGGAUACCAUGACAAACCACCAUAUGAGAAGUUCCGUUCCAUCCUGCAAGCUGGACUGAAAGCAAUCCAGGCUAAAGAUGAUGGCAAGAUGGAAUUCACAACCAUCAAUGGAGCUGCAUCACCUGCACAGAAGGCAGCCAAGAGAAAGAAGGUUGUGGAUGAAGCAGAUGGGACUGAGGAAACUGAUAGUAGCCCCGUCAAGAAAAAGAGGGUCACAAAGAAGAAAGAAGUGAACGGUGUGAAGAAGAGUCCAAAGAAGAGUCCUAAAAAGGCCGCCAAACACAAACAAAUCAACGGCAAAGCCAAACUGGUGGAGAUGGCAACACAGACCUCACCAGGACUCGCUCAGAGAUCCAGGGGUCGACCCAAGAAAAGCAGUGCCUAAGACUCCUGGUGUGUCCACACUCCUCCCUCUGUACUACUGCCUCUAUGCCUCUUAAAACUACUUUUUUAUGUCUUAUAAAGUAUGAUUUUCUAUCUGUUACAUACUUUUAGUUGCUUAUGUGUAAUUUUUAUUUUGUGGUUUAGGCCUAAUCUGUUGUAAUAAAGAGGAAACUAGGUUGAGUUGG